AUGCUUGAUUCCAUAUUGUUGAGACCGUUCAGCUUGCUCCAGUUCCUGUUAGCCCUUGACUUCCCUUUCCUAAUCAGUGUCAGUAAUUCGUCAAUCACAAACCCCUCUAUACCUAUCCACAGGUCUAUUGGGUUCGGUCCAACUACGAACCCAUUCUGGGACUCCAACGUCGUUAGAAGGUUUGACAGCACAGUCGGAUCCAGUGCAGAUACCAGGGCUUCCAACGGUCCGUACAAAGUGAACCGUAACGGUCACGUAUUCAGUACGAACGUACCGAGUUCUUUGUAUGGCGAUCAGUAG